AUGAUGAAACAAUUGGUCUUUGUUAUUGAUGGUCUAAUUGUUGCAAAACGCAAAUCAAAUUUAAGUUUAUUUCAAGCAAAACAACAUGAUUCUAAGCUUGUAGAUUUAUUUGUAUCCUGGAAUAGAAUGUAUAUUUUUAGCCGUAAGGAUACUUUUACAGAUUCAGAACUUGAUAACUUUCAGAAAAUGAUUAUUGAUUGGGCAAAUAAAUUUAUUAAUUUAUUUACACCAAUUGCAGAUACUGAAAUGAAAUACCCAAAACUACACAAUUGGCAACAUCACAUUAUUGAUGCUAUACGAAACUAUGGUGCAAUUAAUGGUUUCACGACUGAAACUUAUGAGUCGUUACAUAAAUUUUAUAUUAAAGCUCCAUAUAGAAUGUCCAAUCGGCGGGAUGCAACUUCACAAAUAAUUAAUUUGGUGCGACAUGAUAGUAUUUUAAAUUAUCUCCAAAAAAUAACAUCUCCACCUUCAAUCAAGAAGCAUCGUCAAAUUAGAACAUUAGGUGGAAUUGAGGGCAGCUUUACAUUAGAUACCUUUAAUGCUGUCUCUUAUACACAUCUAGAUGUGUAUAAGAGACAGACUUUGGCGCUUUGGCAUUUCGGUUUAGAUGUGUAUAAGAGACAGGCAUACCAUAUAGAGGUCUUAAAAUGGUGCAUUUCAUCAGCGGGCCAAAAAAAUCCUCGAAUGAUCCCCGAAAUACAGUAG